GUUAGGGUUUAAGAACUCAGGAGUUGCAGCUUCUCACUCUCCACUAGCCACAGCCACUGGGGUUUUAUCUCCGGCUGAUCAGACCUUCAUUUCCCUUGCAAACGCCGGCGGAAGGAGCUUCGUUUCAUUUCGGUUUCGCUAUUGCAGCUCAUUUCCGCCAUGUGGGCGCUUCGUCGAGCUCCUAAUUCUCUCAAGAAUCGUAGUCUUGGUGUUGAAAUAGCCCGUGCUGCUGGUGUUAAGUGUGAGCUUCCCAACGGCUGUGUCGAAGAUAAAACUUGCAUUCUCAAGUCGCAUCCGUCAUUCUCUUAUGGAAGUCCAUCUUUUAAAAGAUUUUACCUCCAGGGCAAUGGUUUUUCUCGGUUGUCCUUCGUGAAAUGUGGUUUCUCUUCACAAGCUGGUGCAAAGAGCAGUGGAGAGGAAGAUGAGUUAGAAGAUGGAUUCACUGAACUCGAAACACCAUUGGACUCCGAUGCUGUCGCGGAGAGCAAUUUGAACGCUGGGAAGGCUGAUGGAUCAGUUUCUGAGGCAGAGAUCUCUGAUGUUGAUGGUGAUGAAGAAUCCCCUGAGAAUGAGUUGGGAUUUUUAGCUGAUAAAGUCCAAGACCGAUCAGGUAGGGCUCAAUCGGAACUGUUCAAGGCCAUCAUUGCUGCUCCUUCUGUCGAGACUGCUCUUGAGAAGUGGGUCAAAGACGAAAAGGAGUUAAGUAGGGACGAUAUAUGGUUGGCCACAUACAAUCUCCGCAGGCGUCGAAUGUUUGGGAGGGCUUUGCAGCUCUCCGAAUGGUUGGAGAAAAGUGGUAAAUAUGAUCUUAUCGAGAGAGAUUAUGCAUCUCGCCUUGACUUAAUUGCCAAGGUACGUGGACUAUACAAAGCAGGGGCCUACAUCGAGAAGAUUCCGGAAUCAUUCAGAGGCGAGGUUGUAUACCGAACCUUCUUAGCGAACUGCGUCUUAGCUGGGAAUGUUAAAAAAGCAGAAGAAGUCUUCAACAAAAUGAGGGAUCUAGAGUUCCCUCCCACCGCUUUUGCUUGUAACCAGUUGCUUCUUCUCUACAAGAGGCACGAUAAGAAGAAGAUCGCAGAUGUGUUGCUAUUGAUGGAGAAAGAGAAUGUCAAACCGACUAGCUUCACUUACAGACUACUGAUAGAUAGCAAAGGCCACUCAAACGACCUCGAGGGUAUGGACCAAAUUGUUGAGGCAAUGAAGGCUGAAGGGAUCGAACUUGACAUCAGCACACAGGCAAUCUUGGCCAAGCAUUAUGUCGCGGGCGGACAGAAGAAGAAGGCUGAGAAUGUUUUGAAAGAUAUGGAAGGAGGUGAUCUAAAGGCCCAUAGAUCUGCUUGUCAUCUGUUGCUUCCGCUCUAUGCAGAGCUUGGGAAGGUGGAUGAGGUGAAGAGGGUUUGGGAGGUAUGUGAACGCUCUCCACGGGCCAAUGAAUGUGUAGCUGCGAUCGAGGCUUGGGGCAAGCUGAAAAGGGUGGAGGAGGCUGAAGCAGUCUUUGAUAGGAUGGCGAAAACGUGGAAGAAGCUCUCGGCGACCCAGUUCUCUGCCCUCUUGAAGGUCUACGCAAACAACAAGAUGCUUAUGAAGGGGAAGGAUCUGGUGAAGCGGAUGGCUGAUAGCGGGUGUAGGAUUGGGCCACUGACUUGGGACACGAUCGUGAAGCUGUACGUGGAGGCAGGAGAGGUGGAGAGGGCCGACUCGAUCCUCCACAAGGCAGCACAGCAGAAAAUCAUGAAGCCAAUGUACUACACUUACAUGACUAUAAUGAAUCAGUAUUCAAAGAGGGGGGAUGUUCACAACGCGGAGAAGUUAUUCCACCGAAUGAGGCUCUCUGGUUACACCUCAAGGAUCACGCAGUUCCAGUCCCUGCUUCAGGCUUAUAUCAACGCAAAGACUCCAGCUUAUGGGAUGAGGGAGAGGAUGAAGGCAGACAAUCUGUUUCCGAACAAGGCAGUGGCAGCACAGUUAGUUCAGGUCGAUCCUUUUAAGAAGACUCCCGUAUCGGAUUUGCUCGACUAGUUUGCCGCCUGUUAUGGUUUGGCCAUUAUGCCAUGUACCAUGCGUCUACCGGUGAAUUGGAGGACCAUUUAGGUUUAGUUCCAUGCUACUUUUCAACCUAUCCACUUUCUUCUAUAAUACUUGUUUGAAUGCCUCCUCCGAUUUGAGAAAA